AGUACUGACAGCUGACAUCCAACUUGCUGACAUCGAGCACAUCGAGUUGUGACCUAGACCUCAGACCUAGACUAGAGCAACAGCGGGCAGCCGGAGUCUGUGUUUGCAAAUUUGAAAACGAAAAGUGUAUCUACCAACACUAUGAGGUUGACUGUCGCUCGGUUGGCUCAGAAGCUUGAGUUGACGCUAGGUCUGGUCAAGCCAGAUGUUGCAUCAAAGCCGGAAGUUGUUAAAGCAAUUAGGGAAGCUAUCAUCAAAAAGAAUUUCUACUUUGCCAACACUAGAAUGUUGACCCUUUCACAAGCCGAUGCCGAAAGCUUCUAUGGAGAACAUAAAGGCAAAUUUUUCUUCCCAGAACUUAUAGCAUUCAUGACAAGCGGACCAAUCUUCGCUCACGUCCUAGCGAGAGAUAACGCGAUAAAGGAGUGGCGUGCCCUGAUGGGACCAACGAAACCAUCGCAGGCCCGUAAGGAUGCGCCGCAGACACUGAGGGCCCAGUUUGGAACCGAGGAUACGUUCAACGCUGUUCACGGCUCAGACUCGCCCAUGUCGGCCGCGCGGGAGGUCGGCUUCUACUUCCCUGACUUCAAUGUCGACGAGUGGUUCGUGAAACAAGAGCCAGCCUUCGCCAAGGGAGAGGUCAGCUUCGACGAGAAGACCUGCAUCCACGUGCCGAAGUAACGUCUCUCGUCCCACGCGCCGCCAGCCGGGGGAGAUUCCCCGUCCGAUGCGUGGUUGCAUCGUCACACCACCCAGGGGGGGGGGGGAUGACGGCUGGUGGAAGCUUCUAGGGAAUUGUCGAUUCGCCGAGGGGUUAGGGUUUCGGGGAGGCGAGUUUCGGCUGCUAACAAUUUCUCCGGUCAGAUUUUUUUCAGAGUAGUACUCAGGUUAGCGGUUUACCGUUGUUAGAUAGGUCGUGUGACGUGCUGUGUGGGGUGCGGAG